UGUAAACCUCGGGAAUGACACGCGCUUAGCAAACGAAGUAUAUUUUUGUGAGAAAUUUUUUUGCGAAAGUCCUCACCACAGUGUUCAGAAAGAUAGAUAGAUUUGUAAUAUAUAUAAAGCAAAAAAAUUGAAAAAAAUCAAAUUGUUAAUAUUUAAAAUAAAUUCAUACAAAAAUGAUUGCGGAGUUUUUUAAAGACAGUGAAAUUUUUAUUACCGGUGGUACGGGUGUUGUUGGUAAAGCGUUAAUUGAAAAACUCCUUCGAUCCUGCGAUGUGAAAAGGAUAUAUGUUUUGUUGCGUCCGAAAAAAGGACUAGACUUGAAUCAACGUUUGGAGAAGCUACGUAACGCCAAUGUUUUUAAUGUGUUGAAAACAACUAAUCCGGAUGCUUUUGAUAAAUUAUAUGCAAUCCCUGGUGAUGUAACACUGCCAUGCUUAGGGAUUACUGAAGAUCAUAAAAAACUAAUGGAAAAUGUUUCAGUUGUAUAUCACAGUGCAGCCACUAUACGAUUCGACGAGCCAAUGGAAGUUGCAUUAAAUUUAAACGUUGGUGGCACACUACAAACCCUAAAGUUUGCCGAAUCUUUAAAAGACUUAAAAUUAUUUAUGCACAUAUCAACUUUCUUUAGCAAUCCACAUUUGAAGUUCAUAGAACCAAAGGUAUACCCAGCACCUAUCGAUUGGAAAAUAUGUUUGGAGGCACUCAAUAAUAAAGACAUUCUGAAAAACCUUAAUUUCUUUUCUGAUAAGUUAUCAGGUGGUUUUCCAAACACAUACACAUUCACAAAGAACCUGUCUGAGUCCUUAGUGAACGAUUAUCGUGAUCGUUUACCAGUAGCCAUAUUUAAACCAUCCGUAGUCCUUUUCUCUGUGGAAGAACCAGAGCCAGGUUUUUCACCAUCACUUAUAGGUGCAAUGGGAGUGUUUGCACUUGUAGCUGCUGGAAUACUUAAAACGGUUUACAUAAAUAGAAGCAUACCAUUGGAUAUUACAUUACAGGAUAUUGGAAUAAAAGUACUACUUUACAACACUGUAGCAGCAAGCCGUAUUUAUGAAAAAGGAGUUCCAACAGAAACGCCCACUUAUUUAUCGUCUUCUUGUACGCACACUCCAUUCACUUUUACAGAAAUGUGUGAGGCUAUGGAUGAUAAUAAAGUUUGGGAUAUUGCGUCAUUAGAACGCUCCUUUUUGAUACCAGGUGUUUGUUAUACUCAAUCAAGAUUACUGUACAAAUUUUUGGUGUUCACAAAAGAAGUCAUACCAUGUAUGCUUGGAGAUGUUUUGAUUUCUGUCUUUGGUCAUAAGCCGGCUCUGAUGAGUAGUCUGCGAAAAGUUUAUCAUGCAAUUGAAAUUAUGAAACCUUUCCUUUUCAAUGGUUAUACUUCUAGUGGUAUAACAGAUUUCGAAACUAUAUGCAAGGCGACAAAGGGCACUGAGUUUGAUGUGAAUUGUUAUAAAACAUGUGCAUAUGACUAUCCAAAUUUGGUUGAAUCGAUUACAAAAAUGGGUUAUAAAAUACGAGAAAAUUUAAUGCACCAAAAUCCAAAGACACUACCAAAGGCUAGAAAAAUCUUGCGCAUCAAGAAAAGAAUUUACAGAAUAAUACAAAUGUUUAUGGCAUAUUAUAUGCUAAAUUGGUUCUACAGCACCAUUUACAAUUUUAUUAGUAUAAAUUUUUCAAACUAUUCUCAUUCUCUAGAACUUCAAAAAUUGAUCAAAUGA